AUGUUACAAAAUGGUGUCGGUCGCGGCCUAGUUUGGGAUCGUCAUCCAUGGGGUCCCAUAUCCGCACCUUUGGAGGUUGAGGCGAUUCAGUCUCUACGGGAUAAUUUGAUCCAACGUUUGACGAAUUGCCAAUCGUUUUUUAUCUUUUGUCGAUAUCCGGAGGGUCACCCCGACAUGAGUCAUGUUACUAUGACAGAUACUGUCGCUGUAUUUUUUGCCUUGGUCAUCGACGCUCGCCUACCAGUCUCCUCAUUCCAUCUCAUCUAUGCAAACAAAUACUCGCGCACCUUAAUCAUGGAUAUGCGUCGUCUCCCUAAACUUCUAUAUCGCCAACCAGAGUUUAAGAUUGUCUGGGGUAAUUUAAAAAAACUCUGUCUAGAACAGUAUCUCACUCUGGAUAACUUCGGAUUUCUCCUAGAGCUGGUUCUCUGCGCCCCAAAUCUUCAAACUCUGCUGUUAAAUCUCGGCUCACACGAUCUGGCGGCAGAGUUCAUGCACGAGGUGGCCGAAGGUGCCGACUUCUCUCAACUACGCGAGCUCGCUUUAUUCCGAACGUGCAUGCGGGGCAUCGACCUCCAUAAGCUGCUCGGAAAUGUCCGGUCGAGCUUAGCUGCACUCACACUAUACCAUAUCACGUUGGUGCCUGGCAGUGAUUGGACUCCAUUCCUCAGAGAGCUUUGUCAAGGAUUCCCAGCCUUACAUCGUAUCUCGCUGUAUUAUCUGUGGGCUAGCACACCCGCGAAGGGUCUCAUGGCCUUUCCGGAUAUCCAAAAAUCACCUUCGAUGUGCACCUCAAAAGAUCAGCAUCUGAGCACAUUUUACUCGGAAGAUAUCAAAAGUCCCACUGUGCUUGGGAUUGAGUACUCUGGGACAAUGGUGUCACACGUACUUAAUCUAUUACAAGCAACAGCCUGA